AUGCCAUUGAGACAACAAAGAAAAGCAUAAUAAUAGAGCAAAGAUAUACUUGAAACAGGCAUUAUAGCUCUUAAAAAUUACAUUCUUAUCAAAGGAAAGGAACACGAUUUAUGCAGAAGGAUUCAUUAUAGUCAACCAUUCUCCAUUGUUACAACAAGCCAAGGCCAAUAAAUUUAGGUCAUUGCACAAGCAAAUACUUAUUCAAAUGAAAUGACUGCUAUUUAUGAAUCAGAAACUUUGACAUAGAAAUAGAUUGAUAAGGUAGUUCAUGAAAUAAACUCAAUGCUAAAGCAGUAUUAAAGGGAUCUUAUAUAAAAAUUGAGUUUAUCUGAAACCAUUGGCUUCCAAUUCAAAGUUUCAUUUUUAAUAAGCAACUAAAUAGUUUCUAAGUUCAUAUCGAUGGAUCAUAAGAUUCUAAUCAAAAUAAAUUGUCAACAAGCUCUUUUAUGCCUCGGCAAUAAAGAAAUCAAGCUUAAAAACAUUAAGAGUUUUGACAUCAGAUCAAACACUGAUAAGAAUAAUGGCUGCGUUGACUAAUAUAGAAUCAUAAUGCUCUUGCAUAAUGGAAAAGUAUAUUCUCUUACAACAAAUCUCUUCAAUGAUCGAAUGUCUUAUUAAAUGGAUCUGAUGGGUGGACUCGCUGAGCAUUUCAAAAAGCUUUACCUUGAUUUCCACUCUAAAAAAGUCUCUUAUGAACUAUUAAAAGAAUCUUAAAAUAAAUUUCUUGAAGAAAUGAACUCUCGAAGAUGUCCCUCGACAAAUAAUAUUUGUAUUGAAGAUGGCUUCAACAAUCUGGGAAACUCCUUCAAUUCUUAGAAAUCUAACAACAGCAAUAAUCAGCAUGUUGCUAAAGUCAAGAGUUCUAAAUUCAGGAAGGUGUCUCUAAAUAAAUAACUAAAAGAACUAGCUGCCUAGAAGUUGAAGCACGGUGGAUCAAAAAUUAAUAAGGAUAGCUAGCAUUGCUAUAACUAUACCAACAAUAACAAUAAAGAAAAUAUCAAUAUUAAAAAUCAGAGAAAGGGCAGUGAUUCAAGAAAAAAUUGUGAGAAGCUUUAUUAGAAAAUAGCUAAGUAAAUAAUAAAUAAGACUAGCAGAAAUUAGCUUGAAUCAAGUUCUAAUAGUUAUAAUGAUAAAAGAGAUGAAUCCAGAUAAGAUUCUAAAAAUCCUCAUAAAAAACACAUUAUAAUGGCUUAAAAGCUUAAACAGGCAAAGGAAUAAUCAAAAUCUCCAAAAAACAGGCAAGUCGCCUCUUAACCUAGGGGUAAGAGUGUAGAAUCUAAGUGUUAAACUUAAAGAUAACUAAGGCUUGAAAAGACUAGCAAUGGCAAGAGACAGCUUAAAAGAAAGCCUCUCUAAGAGAUAUCAAACAUUGAUGCUGGUAGUUUCUUCUAGCAGAACAGCACUCCAAGAUUCAAUAAAAACAACAGACUUUAGAAUUAUUUUAACAAAAAUGAUUUCUCUUCUCCACUUGACAAGGCUCCAAGUAAGAAUAGAAGUAGUGGAUCUAAAUACAUGGAGGAAGAUUUCACCUUGAAUGAGGGCAGAGGUAUUGAAAUUGAGUUCUAUGAUUGCAAAAAUGAUCAAAACUUCAUUAGCCACGAGUAUAGAAGUCCAUUACAAGAACAUGUUAAAGCACCUUCCGAUUUCAUGCUAAAGAUACAAGACACUGAACCGUCGUUUGCUAAAAAACUAGAAAUAAGAUAGUCACAUAUCAAUGGGGAAUAAUUCAUUUCUAAGCAGAGGUCAUUUGAAGAAAAGUUGACUGAAAAGCAAAUAACUAAAACUGGAGAUUAGAGAACUAAAUCUACUGGUGAGUACGGAUUGAAAGCGACAUAUUCACAAAAAUCCCUUUUGGAAUUUCAAGAGAAAAUGAAUCGCAACUUCAGAGCAGUAGAUGAAUCAUCCUUGAACUUCAAUUACUUGAAUAGCAACGGUGGAAACACCCUAGAUAAAUUGAAUAUGAAUAGUUGUAGUCUCAAUCCAGAUUCAAAAGACUUCUAGUACAACUUGAUAAACGAGAUGAAUAACAUCAAAAGAGAGUUAAAGGAUACAAAGGCCUUAUUAAACUCAACUCUUGCCUAGAUGUCAAGAUAUCAGCACUUCGAGAACAAUAAAGAAAACAUCUAUAUUCCUCAGCAUAUUGAUAAAGCGAUCGAAAGAACUGACAUAGUAUUGAAAAAUUAAUUACAAAAAGGCAUCCUUCAAGUUUCUCCAUGUAAAUUAAGAAUGUCAUCAUGCUCCAAAGAUAAGUAAUCUAGGGUUGACAGUCAGUAGCAUCAAUUUGACUAGCAGAAUUAAUUAAGAUAGUCAGCUUUUAUCAAAAGUGUAAAGUAGAGAAGAAACGGUAUCCAAGAAAAAUUCUCCAAAUUGCAAAACUUGGAACUCAAAAACAUGUUUGAGUAGUUCAUUUAGUAGAAAUAGGCGUGA